GUUUUAUUUUCAUAUUUGUGUAUCUCAGGACGCUAACUGUGAUAGUGGAUGGUUUUAUUUAAUCGUAAUAGUGAACUAAUUAGGUGAAAGAACCUUAUUUACGUCGCGUGUAUUUGUUCGCUACGUAAAUUGAGAUCGCCACAAGAUGGCCGCCAUCGGAUGCCCGCUCCGCCAAAACCCGCUCGUGAGGCCCGAUGUGUCAUCCAUUGACGAUCUUUGGUGCAUGUUGUAAACUGGCGUCUCUCACCGUGGCCGAUUUUACCGGUCGCUUCCGGCGAAGUUCCAUUUUGUAAAAUGGAAUUUCGCUCGAGGCGCCAAAAUACGAUGGGUGUUGACACAUCUCUAGCUGCAAUACCGUACCGUUACUUUGACGGCCGAACAAAAUAAUUGUUGAUAAAAAUGAGCGACCCAGACGACGUUGGAAAAGAAGUGUGGAAGCGAUGGAUUCUUGAGGCGAUACAUAAAAUAAGGUCACAAAAACAGAGACCGAGUGUGGAGAGGAUAUGUCAUGCAAUAAGACAGCACCACAACUACCACGAAGAUGUUGUUUCGGAGCGGUUGGAGUGCGCAGUGCGCGAGGGUGUAGUACUGAAGGUAUAUAACAAGGGACAGAGUUCGUACAAGGAUCCAGGGGGGUUGCAGAGCAAGGUUUUGCGAAUAGCUGCCGAUGUGGACGUAUCGCGCGCGGUCGCUAAAGCAGUGCGCGAGUUAGGGGAACGAGACGGUUCCAACUUAAAAACAAUUGAGAAACAUUUGCGGCAAGCGUACCAGGUGUCAGUGGAGGAUAACACAGACGUGCGUAGUAUCUUACGGGCCGCUGCCAAGCGAGCUGUGGCCAGAGGACUGCUGCUUCACCACGCGGGGAACUAUAAGGCGACCGAACGACCGCUGGCAGCGACUGAUAGAAUUGCCAAACAAAGAAAGUUGCAGGAGAGUCCGGAGGAUAAGCAAGCAAGUCCAGCAGGUGUGCCGGUGUGUGCGGAGUGCCUUGGUACCGAUGCUAAGAACCGUCUCGGAGCGAGCGAGAGCCUCAUCUGUUGUGUACAGUGCAAGUCGUAUGCUCACCCCACGUGUCUCAACCUCCUUGAGUACAUUAAUUUAUCAACACUAAAGGUAAAAAAAAUUGAUAAAAAAAUCUUUAUAUUAGGGCGCGCGCUGGUGCUGCGGCGAGUGCGCGCGCUGCAGCGCGUGCGGCCUGAGCGGCGAGUGGGCCUCGCGCUGCGCCGCCUGCGCGCGCGCCGCGCACCCGCGCUGCCGCCGCCCGCCCUGGCGCUGCGACCGACGACGAUGGGGGGGACACCGAAGAAGCGGAAGCCGAAGACGCCGGCGCGACGCAUCGAAACGGACGACGAGCCCUCCGACGGUAAUGACUCGCCGUACGCGCGCCUCCCGUCCGAACAGAGAAUGUCGAAGGAGAAGCAAAAGUUUUUCAGAUUCUCAGCAUUCAAUCUAGUGAAACGGCGCCGGUGUAGGGAGUCGUCGAGCGAGUGGGAGGACUGGGAGGGGUCGCAGUGGGGCGGCGUGCGAGUCACGCGCGUGCAGCGCCUCGAGCUGCGUCUGGAGCGCCGCCCGCCCUCCCACCACUCUUCGUCCGACGCGGAGCCCGCGCCCUCCGUGCCUCAGCCCACCAUCUUCGAGCGCCUAGCCUCGGACGCGGACGGCGGCGGAGCUUGGGGGUUCGCCGCCGAGGCGCAGAAGCAGCGAUUGGUAGACGCUCGCGUCGACGAACCCGUAAAGCGUACGCUCGAAAAGAAACGAACGCCAGACACGCGGUGGUCGCCCGACGAUCGGCGCUCACUCGACGAGCGGAGGGCGUCAGAUAGGAGGAGAUCACCCGCCGUCCGACGAUCGCCCGACGGGCCCGAAACGCUCGUAAAACACCGAUCGCCAUUCAAGCGCGCCUCGUCAGUCAAGCGACUUUCGCCCGACGACCGACUUACGCCGGAAACACGUAUCUCGUCAGAAACUUUACGCAUCCGCGGUGAGCGGAGAUCGCCCGAGACGCAGAGGUCGUUCGACGAGCGGCGGUCGCCCGAGAUCCGAAAGACGGUAACCGCCGAGAGCGCGAGGCGCCGGCGCAGGAGCCGAUGCGGCGACAGGCUGCUCACCACGCUGUUCGACGGGCUGUCGGAGUUCUACUCGGUGAGCGCGGCGUCGCGGUCUGCGUCGCGCGCGCGUGUAUCGGAGCCGGGGCGCGGCCCGGCACAGGCGCAGGCGCAGGCUCGGGCGCAGGUUCAAGUUCAAGCUCAGGUGCCGGUGCUGAAGGAGACGCGCAGCACGUUCAAGCGCUACCAGGCCGCGCUGUCGGAGACGCGGGCGGGCGCGGGGCGGGGGGUAGGGCUGCGCUUGAGCGCGUCGGCGCUGGUGGUGCGCGCGGCGGAGGGCAAGCGCGGCGGGGGCGGCGACGCGCAGGCGCACAAGCUGGCGCGCGCGCCGGGCCCGGCCACCAAUCAGACGGAGGGCAAGCGCCUGCCCCCCGGUGCCACAGAGGCGGACGCGGAGCUGUUCGCGCAGGCGCGCGCGGCGUCGGGGGCGGAGGCCGAGGGCGCCGCGCCGGCGGCGGGCCCGGGCACCGGCCCGCCCCCGCCCCGGAGCCCCUCCGCUAUCGAGUUCGGGCAGUGGGAGAUCGAAACUUGGUAUUCGAGUCCCUUCCCACAGGAAUAUGCCAGGUUGCCAAAGUUAUUCCUCUGCGAGUUUUGUCUAAAGUACGCGAAAAGUCGAGCUGUAUUGAUGCGGCAUUUGGAUAAGUGCCUGUGGCGACACCCGCCCGCCACUGAAAUAUAUCGUUGCGGGGACAUUUCCGUGUUCGAAGUCGAUGGGAAUGCUAACAAGAUAUACUGUCAGAACCUCUGCUUACUCGCCAAGCUAUUUCUGGACCAUAAAACACUGUAUUAUGACGUUGAGCCAUUUUUAUUUUAUGUAUUGACGAAGAAUGAUAGCAAAGGAUGUCAUUUGGUCGGUUAUUUUUCAAAAGAAAAGCAUUGUCAGCAGAAAUAUAAUGUGUCCUGUAUUAUGACCAUGCCACAGUAUCAAAGGCAGGGAUAUGGAAGAUUCCUCAUCCAUUUUAGUUACUUGUUAUCAAAAGAAGAAGGGCAACCAGGUACUCCCGAAAAACCUCUCUCUGACCUUGGAAGGGUUUCAUAUCAUGCCUAUUGGAAAUCAGUUAUAUUAGAAUUUCUACAUGACCACAGAGACACUCCGUUUACGUUUGAAGACAUAGCAUUAACGACGGGAAUGCACAUGAAUGAUAUUGCUGUUACGUUUCAACUCCUAGGCUUUAUGAGAUAUGUUCCUAGCAAUGAGUCUGUGAAGUUAGGAAUCUGUGUUGAUUGGAAUAGGGUUGAAAAUCAUAUGAAAAAAUUGAAAAGCAAGCCGCGCCUAGAAAUCGAUCCUGAAUGUCUUAGGUGGACACCUUUAUUGGCACCGACAGUCAAUCCGUUCAGAUCGCCAGAAGAAGGAUCUGGAGAUCAGGAUACCGAAAACGACGACGCUGAAAUGAAAACGGAGAGUGAAAACACUGAAACUGAACCAGAAACUGUAGCAACUAAGGCUGAGACUAAAUCUAAAGUUGAGAAUGAGGCUGAGGAAACUCCAGUUGAGGUUACGUCAUCGGGUAGGAGACGGACGCGGCCGCUUAAGUAUAGCGAAACUACUUAUCAAACAACACCGACACUGAGUGACGGUAAUCGUAAAAGGAAACGUGAAACCAAUAGAAAAAUAUCUGAAAGCCUGGAGGAGGAAAAGAAAGAGCCAGAAGCAACUUCAAGGAGACAAAGGAGUAAAAGCGUUGCAAGAUCGAAAGUUGGGCAAGAUGAAAAUAACGAGGAAAUUUUACCAAGAAAUAGAAGGAAAAAUCUCAAGGAACCAGCAUAUGUGUCCGAUAGUCAGGAAAGUCAAGAGAGCAAUGACAUUCAGACUGAAACUCCUGAUACACCAUCUAAUGCCUCGAAAUCAAAAACUAAGAAACAGCUCCGUUGGAAGGGACGAAAACGACAAAAAGCUAGCAAUAAACCUGCUCGAAGAAGUAGUGGACCCUCAGUCGCAAAGAAACCUAAAAUUGACGAAGAUAAGCAGGACCAAAAUGAUUAUAAAACUAAUGACUCCGUCGACGAAUCAGCUAAAAACGUUCCUGCGAGUGUACAAAAUCAUGUCGCUAAGAAUCAAAAGGAAAGUAAACCAGAGAAAGAUAAAAAUUCGGGUGAAAGUUCCGAAGAUUCUUCAGGAGAGGCUGAUGAUGAGAUGGACGUUGAAGAAGGAGAUGACAGAACCAGUGUCCCGAGCAAACCUGCGACACCUCGUCCAGUGGAAGAAAAUAGCACUGACCAUCACACUAGCGACAUGGAACUCGAUAGCAUACACAUGGACUCCCCAAAAUCUGUAGCCGAAAAAGAUCAAGUCAUAAGUGAGACAAAUAAAGAUAAAACUGAAGAAGAAAUUAAUGUAAUCGAAAAUGGACCAAUUACAACUCUAACUGAAGAAAAUAUGGAAUCAAAAAUCAGUCAAAAUAACAUUGAAAGUGUGAAAACACCUGAAACAAGAAAUGGAGAAAUUAAGUCACCUGAUAAAACACUUGAGGAUAAAGAUACUAUAGUAAUAUCAGAAUCUGAUGACAAUAACAGCCAAAGCUGUCCUCUACCGUCGCCGAAACCUAGUAACUUAGUUCCCGCACAAAGUGAUGAGUUCAAAUCUAAAGAUGUUUUGGAAAAAGAUAGUCCUCAAAGUUCAAAAAUACUACCAGUGGUCUCAACGGAAAAUUCUCAUAUAGUUUUGGAUGCGAAAGGGCCAGGUGACUCUUCAAUAUCUAGACCGCCAGUCGAUCUUAUCGUCCCGCGUAUGCAUCAGAUCGAGACUAUAGUCGUCGAGGGAGAGUCCGAUGCUGCUAUAUCUCCACAGACCGGUGUAUCUCCUAAAAAACCUGACAAGUCCGUGAUAAGUGAAUCUCCUAAACAAAAGAAAUCACCAGAGAAAGUAAACUCGGAAAUGAUGUGUGAACAGAAAAAGACUGAAAUGCGUAAAGAGACGGUAAUUCAGCAUCAGACAAAUGAAGAAGCCAAAGUGCCUGAAAAGAAGUCACCUACUAAAAUCGAAACUAUUAUACAGAAUUUGGAUCUCCACAGAGAUCUAUCAAAUAGUUUGAAGAAGCCUGACACAGCACCUAAAGUAGACUCCUAUAACGAGAUAGAUACUCGAAAAUUACAAAUACCUAUUACCAGUAAAGAAAGCGAGAUAUCGUUUAGAAACGAUAUGUUAAUUACUAGAAAAGAUGAAAUAGUUGUUUCGCGGAGUAUCAUAGAAAACGCCAUGCCAAAUUAUCAUAACUCCGUUAGUAAUUCUAUGACAAUACAACCAAUUAACACGUUGCAAAUGCAACAUCCUUACUUGAAUCAUAGAAAUAGUGUGAGUAAAGAGUCUCAAGCAAUUCAAACUGACAAAGUACUUAUCAAAACUAGUGACCCUACUAGGACAAUUAAUAAUAUGUCUGAUUCUCUGCCUGUGAUAAGCAAAAGUACGACUAAGUUAGAAGUUCCUCAUCCAAUAACGUCUCCUAUUGUAAAUCCUGUUAUACCGAAAGUGCCCAAUGUAACUGACAUUAGUUUUUUACCAAGAUGCCAAAGUGCUAAUGCAGCUGUUAAUUUAGGAAUGGAAAGAACUGAUUUAGAUUCUAAUUUCACCACUAAUGCCUUGCAAAACACCUUGAGCAGUUCAAUGAGUAUAGUUCAGACAAAUUCUCAAGAUAAUAAAAAUGAUCUUAAUCAAAAACCAAGAGAAAAGAGUAAACUGCGGGAUGUAAGAGUUAAUUCAGCUCACAGUAAAUUGGAAAAAUCGGAUAAGAAAUCGGCAAAAAACGAAACGCUUAGGAGCACGCCGGAGCCUAAAUUGUUUUUUCCGGAACAAAAUACAAAUGUGAGGAAACCCGAAACAUCUGUCCCUAUAAAUGUAAUCAACACUGUCUCAGUCACUAGUAAAUUGGAAGCGAAGACUAGUGACGCACCAAAGAAACAAGACUAUUUUAAGAAAGAAAAGUCCAAUGCAGCCAAAUGCGAAUCGAAGAAUGCGUCUGUUAAACACGAUAAAAGUUGUUCAACUCAACUCAACUUAAAGGCAGCCGAGCAGAACGAUUUGAAUAAGAUGAUUCCAAAGUUUAAGUACGACAAUGAAUUAGUUCCGAAAGCCGACUACGCCAUGAAUCAAAUCCCCAACUAUCACACUACGCCCGCGCAAUAUCCUAUGUCACAGUGGCCUCCGUGGGACCCCACUAGGACAUGGGACCACAACCGAUUUCUCGAAAUGAAAAAUAAUGAUAAGAACUACUUAGACAAAUUUCAAGGUUUCAAUCUACCUCACCUAGAUCAGAUGCAAAAGUCGCCACAAAAGUUGCAUACUAAGUACGAUCAAAAAGACUUCCACAAUAUCGCCUACGGAGCUCUUUCGAGCGGAAUAUACGCAACAACGGGUCUCCCGCACUUUAAGGAAACGAAAGCACCAACGUCGAAAGCUUCCGAUUGCACGCAAAAAAACGAAUGCAAACCGACGAAGCAGUCGAAAACGACGACCGCCUGUCAAACUCAAUGCGAGAGUAAAAAAUCUCAGUCUCAUAACACAACUGAGGCACAAAUGAAGCAAAUGAUGCAACGGCAGGUUAACAAACAACAAGAUGUCGUUACAAGUUGUGCCGAAUUUCGGCAACAGAGCUCGCAAGUGAUGACGUCUCCGGGCUGCAAGAGUUUCAAUCAGAAUGGACCGUGUCAAGAGAAGUCUGAAAUAGAGAAAAAGUCGCGGCAGCAGAAGAAAGACGAAUCAUUAAAGGAUACAAGUAAAGAAGAAAUGUGCGAGGCUGUCAGUCCAGCUUUACAAUCGAUGGGGGUGUACACUCCCGACUCAACAAGUAACUCGGUACACUCGGUUCAAUAUCCGGCCUGCGAGCUAGACGUGAGCCAGCUGGGGCUGGAGUCCCCGACCAGUAUAGGCUCGGAUCUGGCGUCCCCCUGCUCCAUCAUGCACAUGCACCCGGCCCCGAGCCCGCAGUACCCGCACUCCUCCAUACACAUCCCCUCCAUCAUGAGCCAGCCCAACCAGCCGGCGAAGCAGCAGAAGAUUAACAGCAGGAAUAGCAGCUCGGGCGGCGACAACAAGGCGGGCCGCGGCGCGGCCACGCCCCCCGCGCGCCACCGCGCCACGCCACCCCACCCCGCGCUCCCCGCGCACGGCGGCUCGGGCUACCAGGGCGGCUACCUGUCGUUCCAGCAGCAGCAGCAGUACCACGCGGGCUGGGCGCCGUCCUGCUCGCUGGCCAAGCUGCAGCAGAUGGCGGACGCGCCGCAGCACCCGCCGCACACGCCGCCCGCCCCGCCGCAGUACACCCAGCAGGCGGGCACGCCGCCGGCCGGCCACUACCACGCGCCCAAGUACUACGCGCCCGCGCACAACCAACUGGAGUCGCCGAGGAACACGCGGAACACCACCAGUAAUCUAAGUCCAAUGCAACAUGUCCAAAUGGGUCCCGGAUCAAGAAUGUCACCGAAUCUAAACACUCACAUCAUUAGCCAGUAUGGACUCAAUGGUUACCGGGUUCCACCUCAGCAGCAGUUCAAUAACCUACCCGUCCAGAUGAUGAAUGUCCAACCAGGGGUCCAAUACCCUGGACCAGAUCCGAGGGCCCAGCAACCCAACGUUUACGCUUAUGCGGGUUACAUCAACCCUCCUCCGACCCUGGCCAUGCAAACACUUAACUCUACUAUGCGUCGGUAGCCUCGACCGAAAACCCAGUGUCGAAAACAGUGAUAGUUUUCAGUGAUCGAAAAUAAGACGGUUUACACCGACGUUACAGUGAACUCUCAGCAUACUUAUAUUUUGGUAUUUCUAUCGUUUUAUGAACUAUCUUGAAUAGACAAUUUUAAAACCCUGACCAAAAAGGAUUGUAUGAUAUAUUAUGUAUAAGGCAUAGUACAAAUAACAUAAAGCUUUUAAGACCUUGUUUGUAUAUAACGUUUAUGUAUUAUUGUAAUUACGAUUGACUUUUAACACCACUUCGGUUGCCUUAUCCUCUGCACUGUCGGACCUCGUUCUUCUGUUUUAUCAGUAAAGUAACAUCGUCUUUUUAUAUUUUUUGUAAAUUGUAAAUGAUUUAUCGUACAUAGUGCCCGGUAUUAAAGCUGAAUAAAGUACAAAAUUGCUGAUAAAUGUAUUUAGAAACUGUUAUAUAAUAAUGAGAACUAUGUCAGGGAAAUGUAGCAUAAUAAAAUAGUGCAAUAAGUGUAGAAUUUUUUAAAAAAAAUUGCAUGUUUUAUAUCGUCCAGCAAUAAAGUAUUGUUUAAGCUCGGCUAAAUCAGCACUAGCACUGUGAUAAUCAUUUGAUUGUCAUCGAUGUUACAGCUCGUUCUGACGUCAUCAUAAAUUAUUAAUAUUUAUUUGUUAUUUUCCAAAGAAUCAUCUAUUUAAGAACGUCAGAAUAAGGGUGCAAUUGAUUUCAAGGCAAAGAAAAUUUUAUGUUUAACCAUGUUAAAACUCUACCUUGUAUGUAUAUCAUGUAAUACUAUUUUUAUUUUAAAAUGUGUACAGUUUGUAUGUAAUUAUGAUUUAGAUUAUCUUAUUUUAAUCUCUUCUCAGAAGUGCCUCUUUCUCGUCUCUUAUGCUUAAUUUCCGUGUAAGAUAUUGUAAAUGUACUGCUUCUACUUAACACAAGGCUGUAUAAAUAGUACCGUAACACUAGGAUAUUUGUAUUAAAAUAACAUUUUUUUUUUAAAUUUUAUCAAUGUGAUAGUAUUAAAAUGAUAUGGAAAAAGAAUGGAUUAUUUUUCCCUUGGAUAAGUUGCAUAGGAAAGCCUAAAUGAUAGUGAUUUUUUUUAUAUUUAGUAUGUAGUAAAGUAUAAUUUCUUUUUUACGCUUCGCACUUAAGAAUUAUUUUCGUGUUAUCGUCGUUAAUUUAUUGCCAAAUGUUAACACUUAUCUUUAAGUUAGUUGAGUUGAACAUCGGUCUUAUAGAUAGGCUCAUACGUUACAAAGCAAGCGCGGCGCCGCCCGUAUCCGUUAGAUUAGUAAUUUAUUUUUUAAGAUCUGCUCCUUUAAGGUUAUAAAUGUUAUUUGUUACUAAUGUGUAGUAUAUAAAAUAUUGUAAAUAUAUAAUAUUAAGACUUGUAGCAGGUGUUAUGACACAAAAUAUAAUUUUGUGAAUAAA